CGCAAACUCACCUCCGAUCACAACGUUUCAGUGCUCAAUCUCUCUUGCCCUAAAUUGCUUUCUGAGGCGUUUUCGCUGCUGUUCCUAUUCUGAACCUUUACUUCCUUCCCCCAUGGCUUCCACUGUCGAACUGGCAUCCUCAUUCAUCGAGGGUGCCCCGCCCGGAGAGCUCGCGGAUGUUGUUGCCGAUGUGCAAGCCCUGACCUCCGAGGGCGAGGAUAUCAUUCCUUCCCUGGUUCCCGCAUUCGAGCGGUACAAUGAAGCGCAGCUCGCAACAGUCAAGCUGCCGGGAUCAAGCCAGGAGGUUAUUGUCAGCGAAUUUAACAAGGUAGAGGGCAACCGCUAUUUCGAUACAGAAAGCCAGACCUCCUUUGAGAUCGACCAUACCACACAGACUGCCUCUGCAGCCCAAUCAUCUCCUUUGGAGUCUCAGAAUGCGGAUUUGAUUAAAUCGCUGCUCAAGUCGUUCGGUGCCCAUGCCCGUGAGCACUACCCCGACUGCUCCUAUGGUGUCUACCCUAUUGAGGAUGACUCCGCCAUUGCCAUUCUCUUGGUCGCAAACCGAUACUCCCCUAACAACUUCUGGAACGGUCGUUUCCGCACAAUCUACCAUGUCCCUGUCUCUUCUUCUACCACCCUGACCGGCAAGAUCCACGUCGACGUGCACUACUACGAAGACGGCAACGUGGCGCUCAACACUACUAAGCCUGUCAGCAUUUCUAUCCCUUCCGUUUCCGCCGAAUCUAUUGUGUCGCGCAUUGCAACGGCGGAGCGAGAUUAUCAGGAGGCUCUGAACCGGGCCUUUGUCCAGACAGCCGAGGGUGUAUUCAAGGGUCUGCGGAGACAGCUCCCCAUUACGCGGCAGAAGGUGGAAUGGGAGAAGGUCGGUGGGUAUCGUCUGGGUCAAGACAUUUCAGGCGGCAAAGGACGGUAGAAUACGGAGUACAUUUGGAAAUAUUGCUGAGCAGUGAUAAACCUGCUCGUAGACAGCUGGGCCGAUAUAUCACUAAUGUUUUGCAAGCAUUGUCUCAUUUCGUGUUUCAAUUGAUUCCACUUUGCAAACUUCAACAUAGUUACGGAGUACCAGCUGGUGCUGAAACUGUC